CUGUUGAUAAAUGUUUGCACAGUUUGCCCAGCCGCCAUCGGAGAGAAACAGAAAAAUUAAAAUGUUAAGAACUGUAGAUAAGCUGGUGUAACACCCGACUACAAAACACCGAUCCAGUGAUAACGAAUGCUAGUGGGAGAGGGCCUUUCAGCUAGAUUGUAUAGAAGAACUUCAAUAAUGAGAGCGGCGAGCGAGCUCCAAAGAAGUUAUCAAUAAUUGUGACAGUUAACAGCUAGCUCAACAAACCCAAACAGAGUGUAGAGGGGUUUUCAUACAGCUUCGGUGACCUAUGAAUGCCCUACUUGUUGAUAUAACAACAACUGAACUAUUUCUUCUUUUGUGGAUAAGAACUAAAAAUUUGAUAUCUAUCCUUGUUUCUAUUUUACAAAGACUUGAAUUCUAUUUUUAAAGGAAAUACAAUUUUAAAAAUUAUUUGGUAGGGUUACCCCCAAUUAUAAAAAUGCCUUAAAAUAUGCUAUGAAAAAGAAGUUAAGCCAAAUGUGUUGCAGACUUUUAGAAACCUUUAUAAGUAAUUUUAAAAGGUCAUUUUUAAGUUAUCAAUAUUAAUAUUUAAUAGUAUUUUAUAAUAGACCAGUAGUAAGCAUUGAUAAAAUUUGUUGGUUUGUAUAAUGCUGCAUACCUUCCGACACCUUUAUGAGUGACUUAUCUAAAACUACAUUACUUUUAUCGGUUUGCCAUUAUUCUUUUGAUGUAGUUUCGGUUUAAUAUUGACCAGACUAUAGACUAUAACAUGCCCUUAGUUAGGGUACCGAAAGUGUGACAAUAAAGUAAAUGGCCCUGUGCAAAUGAGAGCGAGCGGGAGAGCCUACCACACCUGUCGUUGAUAAGAGUUUUUCCAGGCAGACACAACGACAAUAUUUAACUUGGCCUCCUAACGGCUGCUCAUUUUAGUGUCACACGCCGACCUGAAGAGGAGGAGGAGGUGCUGUCCCACAAGGUGGAGGCGUCAGAAUCAGAAGCCGAAUCAUCAUCAGAAUCAGUAUACGAGUCCAGAAGGGAGGGGAAAACACAUGUUGUCAUGCUGAAAAAAGCGAGGGACGGGAAAUCAAAGGGCCGCCGGCGGUUGCCAGCGAUGUUUGGGCUGUGGCUUCCAGUGUGGCUUCUGUGGCUGCUCCUGCUGCCUGGCCAGGUGUUGCUGGGCGAUGCCGCCUCGGUCACCUGGGGACAUGUCAGCAAAUACGCCAGCGUCCUGCACACCGAAGAUGUUUACCUAGCGCCGGAUUCCCCGGGCCAAGAUAUCGUCUACGGCUCGCAGAAUGCCAGCGACAACUACCGAAUUACGGGUAUUCAUGUCGAGGAUCUCAGCGGUGGGGCGGAGGCCCUCCUCACUGCUGGCGGCGUUGGCCAGCAGUUUGUGGCUCUUCAUUGCCAGAGACUUCGGGAAUCCAAGGAGGAGGAACCAGGAACAGCUCAUCUCGAGGUGUCUAUCUAUGGAGUCGACGUAUAGGGACUAUUUAUCUUGUAUAGCACCCUAUAUCGUCGAAGCAGAUAAAUAUCUCAAUAGAGAGCAGUCCAGACGUUGUAAAUACCAAUUAGUGUAGAAGCAAGUGCAAUGGGAAAAAUCGAUAGCUAUAUCAUUUUGAUAUAACUUGGAGAACUUUAAUAGUAACAUAACUAACCUGUUCUUUUAGUUAACAUUCGUAGCCCUAACAUAUCCUUUAAAACAAAUUCUUAGCCGUACCUAUUUUCUUUCAAUUAUUAUUGAACACAGCUUUCUACUUUAUUUUAUGGAUUUAGCUUAACAACUCUGAUUUUUUCUGUAAAUAAACUCAUCAUAUCAAUGUGUUGAUAUGGAGUUAUCAAGAAUUGCAAGCACAGAAGUAAUCAUCAGUGACAAUGAACUUCCCACGACAGGCAGUAUUUAUUAUUAUCUUGAGCGAAAUCGACCUUUAAAUAUUGACUUACUUGCUUAAGACCAAUACAAAGUCGUAAUAAUGACGAUACGUUUUAAUCAUGGGGAAGUUGUCUACAUAUAAUACAGAUAUACAGAUAUAAUGUGACAUAACUUUGUUGAUAAGGUAAAUAGAAGGCCGUAAUAAGAAGUGGAGAUAAGUUUUAAUCUCUGAGAAAUUUUAUAAAUACAAUAUAUGACAUAACAAGUAGUAUUACACAUAAUACCAUCGUGCAAAGCAAAUUCCAUAGCUGUUUCGACUGUAAACUUUGAACUGGCUCUGAAAAGUCGUGUCACAUAUAAUAAUACUAAGCUGAAAAGUUGCAAGUGGCUGUGAAGUUUGAACGUCGUUUAAAGGCUGUCGGGUUUUUAUAAUUCUAUGGAAACGAGGCGGGCAACUAUGUAAGUAGUUGAAAGGCAAUAACAACUAUCUAUAUCAUCUUUUCUUGAUCCUUUUUCCCCAACUGCAACUCAGCUUACCCUCAAAGUAAGUGCAAAGAAAGCCGUUUAAAGAUCCAAUCCAUAAAUUUAUUAUUAUUCAAAGUGAUGGAAAACACUUUCAACAGACAAAAUACAUGAAAUGCUGAGAGCAAAUCCACUUUAAUAAAUGAACACACUACCUGUGAGAGGAAAUUAAAAAGUUUCCCCCGAAA